UUGUGCGGCCACCGACUGUCCUCUCUCAAUUCACGAGGAAAAAAAAGAAUAAUCUCUCCACUUUCCUUCAGGAUCCAGCCCGCACCACCGCACGUCUCCUCCUCUCUCAACACCGGCCACCGUAACAGGAAUAAUCCAGCUCGUGAUUGAAGAAUCCGAUGACGACGCCAUGCCUGGGCGCCGCGGCCUUAAGCGCCAGCUGGACGGCGCCCUCCCUGACGGGGGCGUUUCUCGAUCUGACGCUCGCCUGGGCCUGCCUCUGCCUCGCCGCGCUCGCCGCCGUCGCCGCGCGCCUCCUCGCGCUCCUCGGCCUCCCGCUCCCCUGCACCUGCGCGCGCCCGCACCUGCCCUGCCUCCUCGCCUUCCUGGCGCGCUACCCUCCCCGCGCCGUCGGAUCCCUUCACGCCGCCCUCCGCGCCCGCUUCCCCUUCGCCGGCCCCACCGACGACGAGGCACGCCUUCAGAAAGGGGUGGAGGAAGAGGGGGAGGAGGAGGCCAUCGACGCGCCGAAGGAGGAAGGGGAUUUUCGUCGCCGCGUGGAGGCGCGCGCCGAGCUGCAGAUGGAGCUCGAGAAAGAGCGCAGCGCCGCAGCGUCGGCGGCCGAGGAGGCCAUGUCCAUGAUCCUGCGCCUGCAGAAGGAGAAGUCGGCGCUUGAGAUUGAGGCGCGACAGCAGCGCCGAACCGCUGACGAGCGCUGCGCCUUCUACGAGGACGAGGUCGAGGAGCUCCGGGACAUCGUGCUCGUGCGGGAGCGUGAGGUGCGCGCGCUGCGCAAGGAGGUUGACGCCUACCGACGCCUGCUCGGUUUUAGCGCUACCGAGGAGGACGAGGAGGAGGAUGACGAGCAGGAGAUGGUCACGCCGCAUAGUUUCCCCAUGUACGAAGGAGAGCCCAGCUCGUCCAAAUCGGUCGAUGCGAAUCGGAUGCAACAUUUUGGGAAUGAUUCUGGGUUCAGCUUCAAGACGCCAUCACCGCGUGAACAACCAACGGUGCCGCCUCUUACUGCAGGGCAAAUCAAUGUGGGAAGCGAUGAUUGUGUUGCUGUUCAGACGCCGGCCAAAGUUCCCGUGGUUCAAUCAAGACUGGAGCUAGAUAGCUCUGAGGAUGAGGACGAGGAUGAGGAUGAUGGAGCAGAGACGGUGGAAAUCCUCCCCCUAUCCGCCCGGAGCCAAGAUUUGGAUCAAGGUAGCCAUUUCCAUGCUGAUACUGCACAAGGUAUGGAAUCGACUUGUACCAAGGAACAGACAGCUCAUGCAUUUCAGGAAAUCGAGUGUCCAGGUAUAGACAAGAUUGUUAAUGACCAGAUAGGAAGCAAGAAUGAUGCCAAUGUGUAUGAUGUGCAUGUGGUCGAUGACAUACGCUUCUCAACAGAAGUCAAGGGCCUGAUUGGCCGAAGCUUCUCAGAGGCAACAAUGCAAGCAGAGAGAUUACAGUCUCGAGCUGUUGCAGAUGAUCUCCUUGAGAAAAGCCUGAAUGCCAUCAAAGGUGCACAGGACAAGAUAAGAAAUGCAGCUAAUGAAAGGAGGCAGUCAUUACAGUUGCAACUCUUAGAGGACAUAGCUGAUCAACUUCAAGGAAUCAAGGAUGCUGCAGAAGCAGGGAGGCAAGUGUUCUGUGCUGCUCCUAAAAGCUCCAAGAGGAGCUAGGGACUUGUGUUACGCCACUAAUGCAUGGUUGGCGUCGUACAUAAGUUGUUUCGGGUUUGUAGACCAGGUCUGUUGAUUUGUUGAUUCAACAAGUUUGCUUCUUCUUCUUUAAAUAAGUAGUGGCUAUUGCUUUGUACAUGUAUAUAUAUAAACAACAUGGGAUUCAUCCCAGUCUUUAUAAAACGAAUAUAUGUGUAAAGAAAAACGAAAUGGAUAUUUGAUCAGGAAGGCAGGAAGCUGACUGUACUGCCGUUGUAUCGGACGACAGUUUGUUGGACAUGUCCAACCAUAAUCAAACGGGUCAAACCUGAGAAUGACAGCAAAUGCAGAAGUUGGCCUGAAUAUAACAUUUCUUGAUUUGCAAUGCAGAGAAGUCAAGUAUAAAUUUCAAUCACUCCAUAUCUUUGUCAAACAUUCAAACCAUCUUCACAAGUUGACUCAUUCAGCAGCCUGGUGCUCAAAGACCAAAUGAGAGGGUAAUGUAAAUCAAUCAGGUAUUUUCAUUCCCGUCAACUACUCUGAUUUCAACAUUUCAGAAAAAAAAUGUGUUGCUAAACUCCUUGGCCCUAGGUUUAACUCUUGUACAAAGCUGAAAAGUACACACAAUUUGGUUGAUAACUGAAAAAUCGUGAUUGGCGGUAUUAGUAAGUUCUAUAAUAAAGCUGUUGAUGAGAUUGAUUCAUAUCCUCACUGCUUCAAGGCAGAUAUUGGAAUGGGGAAACCACUUGCAGCAAUCGGCAAGUUCUAAUGCUUUGUACAGGUGGACCAGUCAACGGUGGACAUCAAAGAGAGAUUUGGGAAGUUUAAGGAUGUACUUGAUCCUGGAUGCCGUUUUGUGCCGUGGAUCAUUGGAAACCGCGUCGAAGGUCAGCUCACGCAUUGGAAACCGUUGUGAGACGAAGACAAAGCAUCCUGUCGCAGGAUAAUGUUUUCGUUACGGUUGUUGCAUCCAUUCAAUACCGGGCGAUGGAAGACAAAGCAUGCAAUGCAUAUUAUAAGCUGAGCAACCCAAAAGCUCAAAUUCAAUCAUACGUCCUUGAUGGUAAAAUCGAUUUAUACUAAAUUCUUACCGUUUAGAAUGGUUGUCCAAACUGUCCCAUGCAUGGGAGGUAGAAAAUAGUAGUAGUAAAUCAACAGAGUUGAACCAUUUACCCACUUGAAAUACUCCCCCAUUGGUCACAAAGAAGUGAUGCUUGGGUUGCAUGCAGUAAACCACUGAACCUCUGAUUACAAAUUACUUAUUAUGUGUUGAGUUUGGAAAUUAAAAUGAUACUGCUAGAUUCCUCUUGAAAAAUACUUUGAAAGAGGUAUAUUUUUUUACUAUGGUUUAUAAAAUGUACACAGCGAAAAGGACUAGUCUAAAUUAUGUUUUGAAGAUUGUGUUGAUGUCCAAAACAAUGUGACCAGAGGGAGUGCCUCAUUUCAACCGCUUAACAUCUUUCAAACUAUUUGUAGGCAGAAAAGCUCUAAUAAGUGAACUCUUUUAUUCCACUAAUGAUUUUUUUGUUGGAACCAGAAUCCUUAAAAGCAUGCAGCUGUUCUGAAUUCUGAAACAGGGAGCAGGGGAGUAGUAGUCAUUUCUGAAGGUUCUAUGAGUCCAGAUAAUAAUUAGUUUUGACAGCUAAAGAAAAGGUUUUUGAUAAGUACAUAUACAAAAUAUGUACUUAAAUAUCCACAGACCUUUCAUAAUAUAAUAUCGUGGCAUAUCCUAUUGAAUCUUACAUGUUCUUUUUCUUCACAGCAACUGUUCCUGAACUAGAACUGGAUGAUACUUUUGAGCAAAAGAAAUGAAAUAGUUCGGAGGAUGACCUUGAAAAGGCAAUAUUUACUUAUGGUUAUGAGAUUGUGCAAACACUCAUUGUUGAUACCAAACCAGAUGAAAAGGAUUAAAAGAGCUAUGAAUGAAAUCAAUGCUGGUAAAUGUCCGUCUACAUUGGUGAAUCUUGCUUCUGUGAUGUAUGAACUCAUGCAAUUUGCAUAUAGCUCAAGAAAAUUUCCAUUCACACGUUGUAUUCUCUCAGUUUCUUUUUAUAAGGUAUGAUAUCCCUUCCAAUAUUCGAACCUUGUCAUAUUUGACCAACUAUUCCUCUAAUGGUAUUUAAACACUAUGAUAAACAAUGGCAUCACUGGAUUGGUAUUUGAAUGUACAUCCAAAUGAUCAUAAUUUUGUUGCAAUAGACAUUAUUCUCAACGAAUCAGUGGUCAAUGUGAAAAUUUGGAGACUGUGCCUAGUCAAACCACACUUUAUUUUGAAACUAAGUAUAAUUCAACAUGAAGAGGUGCUAGAACUUGAGGAAUUAUAGUAAUUGGUCAUCCAUAAAAAUAUUCAUACUGGUUUGUAACGAGCGAGAAAUUAAUCACAUUGAUAUCACAAUAAUAUACUGCAGUUUGAUGCUUACUACUAACCAAUUUUUCCUUUUGUUCAGCUGCGCGUUGCGGCAAAUAAGAAGGCAGAUGCAACGAAAAUCAUUCAGAUCAAAAUGGCUGAGGGCGAGAUAUAGCAGGGGAGACCCAGACCCCCACUAUAAGGAUUUUAUUAAAAACAAAAGGAACUUCACCAAUACAAAGAGGGAGGGGGGGACAAGAGGAGUCAGGGAGCUAUGACUAGGAGAACUGCACAGGCUACGGAGAAACAACACCAACAAAGUUAAGCUAGUCCAAUAAGAAGGAAGAGUAAACUAGGUACUCCUUCCGUUCUUUUCUAUUUGUCUUGUUUUAGUUCAAAAAUGAACUAACAGGUAACAAAUAUUCGAGAACGAAGGUAGUAUUUUAGAGUGGCAGAAGCAAGACCAACAAAGUUAAGCUAGUCCAGUAUAAUAAGAAGGAAGAGGAAACUAGGUAUUUGAGACUGGCAGAAGCGAAAGACUGCAACUGAGCUUGCUAUAGGAAACAUUGCUUCUAAUUUGUUGAAGGAAGGACGACCACGAUUAAAAAUGAAGUUAUUCCUUUGCUUCUAAA